UCCCUCUAUAAGGAUAAUGGGGCGGCCAAGAUCAAAUUUAACAAUUUACGACUUUCUUUGAUCAAAGGAAUUACAAAAGAGGAAAUGGCUGGUCUAAAGGACUCCCUAAGAGGAAUAAGUUCAUUGGAUUCAGAAUCUCUCAGUAGUGUACAGGAUGUAAGAGAAUUCGUAAAUCUUUUACUACAUGAGAAGGUUUUUACAGAACGUGAUGUAAUUACCUUACAGUACUUAAUGAGGACCAUUGGGAGGACAGAUUUAGAAACGGAAUGUGUUGACUACGCCACCAGUAUGAAGGAGAGAUUGUGUUACUUUCAACAGGAAAAACAAGCCGAUGGGUGUACACGAGUUAAACUGCAUGUGGUGGAUGACAUAGAAAAUUUUAUAAGGCGGGAUUCCUUGAUUGAACGAUGGUACGAUGUGACCCAAAAUCUAUACAGGUCGUCGGGAUAUUACGCGAAAACAGUUUCAUCAUUGUAAUAGAGGUUGAAAGAAAGCUGGCAAUGUCACUCUUAAGAAAACCUACAGAAGAAAUAGUCAAAUUAGCAGACUUUAAAAUUGAUAGAAUUGAAAUUGACGGAGAUGUGAUCACUGUUGGAAGA